AUGGGUGACCCUCAGUACGCUAAGUAUCCCGACCUGCAGCUCUCCCAGCACAUCUUCCAGCUCUCGAACCCAUCCGCCUCGCAGUCCACGCGGCAGAGCUCGCUCAAAUACGUCCAAGAUGCUAUCCAGGAACACAAGAUGGCGCCACUAUACCGGCACCUUGCCCACCCAGCCGAUGGCAUCCUGAAUGUGGACGGCGAGGGCACAGCAGCGCAGCCGCCGAGAGGGUUGAGACGGUAUUCAAGUGGCGCUCCAUCGUUACUUGCCACACGGAACCCGUCGACGGGGGUAAGCCUGCCGUGGGAUGAGCAAGUGUACGAGCAGCUCAAGGCGGACAAUGAGAAGGAGCUUGAGGCCAUCCAGAAGGAGGAGGACGAGGCGACGGAGAAGGCGGGCGAGACGGAAGUCCAAGCAGCCAAGGGCAAGCGGGCAGAGUUCUGGGCACGAGUCGGCGAUAAAGACCAAGCGAUAGCAGCCCACGAAGCUGUCUUCGAGAAAACCGGCAUCCUCGGUGCUAAGAUAGAUCUCGUUCUAGCCAUAAUACGUCUCGGCAUCUUCUUCAACGACCGGCUCUUCGUCAAGAAGCAGGUCGAGCGCGCCGCUGCCCUUGUUGAAAGCGGCGGUGACUGGGACCGCCGCAACCGCCUAAAAGCAUACCAAGGCCUACACCUUCUGACCACCCGCUCACAUUCUCUCGCUGCGCCACUGCUUCUCGACAGUCUAUCGACGUUCACGAGUUAUGAGCUCUGCAGUUAUUCGAACUUGGUCGUGUACGCCGUCCUCGCCGGCUCCAUCUCCCUCAAGCGCGUGGACUUCAAGUCCAAAGUGGUCGAUGCCCCGGAGAUUAAGGCCAUUCUCGGAGAUCGCGAGGAGAAGAUAUCAGCUCUGACCGGCGCCGUCUCCUCCGGACCGGCAGCCGGUGACGAGGAGAUGACCGAGGCCUCCAACGCGACAGCUACUCCCGUUCCGACCGCCGUAAAUCUCACGGCGCUGGGUCAGUCAAGCGCGGGCCAGCAGGAAGCUAUGGAGACGCAGGUCGACUUCAAGCCCCUGGGACAGCUGGUCAACAGCCUCUACGUGGGCGACUACCAGUCCUUCUUUACCGCGCUGGACGCAGUUGAAGAAAACUUCCUUAGCCAGGACAGGUAUCUCUAUGAGCACAAAGGCUGGUUCGUAAGGGAAAUGAGGUUGCGUGGCUACGCACAGCUCCUGCAGAGCUACCGCGUUGUCGGUCUCGAGAGCAUGGCAAAGGCAUUUGGCGUCAGUGUCGACUUCCUCGACAAGGAUCUUGCCAAGUUCAUUGCCGCUGACCGCAUACCAUGCAACAUUGAUCGCGUCAAGGGCAUCAUUGAGACCAACAGACCGGACGAUAAGAACAAACAGUACCAUGAUGUGGUCAAGCAGGGCGAUCAGCUUAUCACGAAGCUGCAGAAGUACGGACAAGCUGUGCGCCUCAGGGGUAGCGAAAGGGGUUGA